AUGACGCUGGGGGCUUGUGUUUCAGGGACGUUCGUGAAGAAGGACUGCUCUGAGUUCCGCAGCACCUCCUGUGAACCAUGUCCUGAUGGUACGUACCAGGAAGAGCCGACCGGGCGGGGACAGUGUCAGCGCUGCCGCAUGUGUGCUGCAGGGUCUGGUCUGAAGGUGAAGGCCCCGUGCUCCAGAACCUCUAACACUGUGUGUGAAGCAGACGAGGGACACUUCUGUCUGGGGCCCCUGGAGGACUUCAGCUGUGGGGCCUCACAGAGACACAGGCGCUGUCUGCCAGGAGAGUAUAUAAGGAAACCAGGUGUGAGCAGUUGGACAAAGUCACCGUCGCAGCAGGAACCUCUGAGUCAGACGCAGAGUGUGGAGAGAAGACCCUGGGACUGGCUCCUCUGUCCUCUACUGUCCUCUGUCCUCUGUCCUCUACUAUCCUCUGUCCUCUACUGUCCUCCGCUGUCCUCUGUCCUCUACUGUCCUCUGUCCUCUACUGUCCUCUGCUGUCCUCUGUCCUCUACUGUCCUCUGUCCUCUACUGUCCUCUAUCCUCUACUGUCCUCUGCUGUCCUCUGUCCUCUACUGUCCUUUGCUGUCAUCUGUCCUCUACUGUCCUCUGCUGUCCUCACGCUGUCCUCUACUGUCCUCUGUCCUCUACUGUCCUCUACUGUCCUCUGUCAUCUGCUGUCCUCUACUGUCCUCUGUUGUCCUCUGUCCUCUACUGUCCUCUGUCUUCUGUCCUCUGUUGUCCUCUGUCUUCUGUCCUCGACUGUCCUUUGUCCUCUACUGUCCUCUGUCCUCUACUGUCCUCUGCUGUCCUCUACUGUCCUCAGUCCUCUACUGUCAUCUGCUGUCCUCUGUCCUCUACUGUCCUCUGUCCUCUGCUGUCCUCACGCUGUCCUCUACUGUCCUCUACUGUCCUCUGUCCUCGACUGUCCUCUGUCCUCUACUGUCCUCUGUCUUCUUCCUCUACUGUCCUCUGCUGUCCUCUGUCUUCUACUGUCCUCUGCUGUCCUCUGUCUUCUACUGUCCUCUGCUGUCCUCUGUCCUCACGCUGUCCUCUACUGUCCUCUGUCCUCUGCUGUCGUCUGUCUUCUGCUGUCCUCUGUCCUCUACUGUCCUCUGUCCUCUGCUGUCCUCUGUCCUCUGCUGUCCUCUACUGUCCUCUGUCCUCUACUGUCCUCUGUCCUCUACUGUCCUCUGA